AGUCAUGAGAUACAUUGUUAUAGUCGCAGCAGCAUGCAUAGUACCAAGUCUCUCGCUUCUCGCAGGCCAGAAAAAGUCCGACGACGAAGGCCACGAGCCCGGUUCAAGAAUCACUGAAACUUUGAAAGGAAACUUUGAUCAAAAGCUCGUGAUAGACCAUCGAAAGUACGACAUACCUGGGGGUUCUCCAGUCGAAAGAAACUUCGAAGAUAUUCGUUUCACAUAUCCAGAAAACGUUCAGCUCGUACCUAAUAUUCCAGUCAGCCCUCACACACCCAAGUACACUCUAGUCCCUGUGAAGAAACUGGAAGAGACAAAUAGGCCAAUGCCAACCACUUCUUUUAGCGACGAGUUUCCGUUUUCUCCAACUAUCUCUUCUGAUUUUCAAGAAGAAAUUGAUAAAAUUCGAAUACCUCAUAUUGAUCUUCCAGGUUUUAUCACUGACCCUCCUCCAAUAACGAGUGAAGAGUAUAAUGGUGAUAACAGUGACGAUGAUAAUGAGGACGAAGAUGAAGACAGUGAAAGCAAUGAAGAUGAAGUGAGUAACCAUGAUGAAUUUUUUACAAAAGAUUUUCUAGAACCCCCAGAAUUUCGAGAAAGUACUAGAUCGACAAGAUCUCCUCCCAUCUCCUUGUCUAACGAUUAUCAAUCACGUGACGUCAAGGUUACUGUACACAACAGCCAUGAGCCAGGGAAACCGAUAAUAGUGACAAAAACUUAUCCUGCUCUUGAUGACGAUCCCAGUUUUGAUUUCGAAGACGAUGAUGAUAGCGAACCAAAGCAGGAGGAACCACGACAAAUCAGAACUCCGUUAUUAUCAAGUUAUCAAACCUCAAAUGGUAACUACCACAUGUGCAACGAGAAGAUUCAAACACCAUUGCGGCAUUACGGUCCUCCUAAGCCAAUGCCACCAGUAAGUCAGUUUCGCAGCUCUCAUCCAAGUUAUCAGCGCCAAGUAAUGCAACGAAUACCUGGUACCAGAGUUUACGUGCGGUACCCUAGAAACUACAAGACAUACUACCACUAUUCGCCAACGUCACAAUACAACAAGUUUAAAGUUAUGACACAGAACUUUGUGCAGCAUCCUAGGAAUUCGUACCGGUUUGGGCCGUCCACCACGAUGGCGAUGGGGCAGUUUCGGUCAGUUACUACACCAGUAAAAAAGAAGAAGAAGAAAAAGAAGGGAAAAGGACAGUGUAAGCCUAAAAAAAUCAUUAAGGAAAUCCAUUUCCACCAUUACGAUCCUCAACUUAGUGAACAGCUUGCUCCUUUAGAAGGAAUAAAUGUGAAAGAAGGAGAAGACUAUGAAAGUGAUAUAAAGGUAAUAACCAAGGAAACUGAUAUAGAGGAUGUUAAAAAAGCACUUAAGGAUUACGAAGAGCACAACAAGAAUGACAACAAGGAAAAGAGAAAACGCAAGAAAGACAGAGAACAGCGUUUAAAUAUUCCUGAGUACCAAACAGAUUCGUACAGCCAUCAAUACUCCGACAGUGGAUCAACAGAGUAUAUCAACUAUAAUAUCAACACGGACUCACAAACCUCAUUGCACGAGCCACACCCGGCUCAUGAUUAUCCCCAAAACGACCGAUCCUUCAAGCCGCAGAAGACUCCAGAUCACCAGAGGCCACCAGCCACCAAUAAUCAGCCAUACAGCGUGUCACUGCCACUACAACGAGGGACGUUCGUGAAACACGAGGGUGUCAACUACUUUUACAGAACGCCUGACAGUCAUCUACGUGUAAGUUAGCUGCAAAUAUUUAUAUAUUCAAACAUUCUUGUAAAUAAACUUUGGUGUAAUUUUUU